CGGUAGGAAACGGGAUCGCCCAGGUGGCUCCAGCGCUGCCCCUCCGGUUUCCCCCCCGGUUUCCGCCGUCCCGGUGCAGCUGCGAGCCCGGGAUCCCUCUGCCUUCCCCGGUGAACCGGGAGCUCUGGUUCUGCGGUAGGAAACGGGAUCGCCCGGGCGGCUCCAGCGCUCACCCUCGGUUUCUCCCCCGGUUUCCCCCCCCUUCCCCCGGUUUCCGCCGUCCCGGUGCAGCUGCGAGCCCGGGGUCCCUCCUCCUUCCCCGGUGAACCGGGAGCUCCGGUCCCGCGGUAGAAAACAGGACUGUCCCGGUGACUCCCGUGCAACCCCACGAUUCCUCCCUACCGCCGCUCACCCGUGUCAUUGAGCGGCUGCGAGUCCGGGAUCCCCGUGCCUGCUCCGGUGAACCGGGAGCUCCGGUCCCGCGGUUUCCUCCUGGAUUUCAUUUCCAGCCCAGUCAUUAAAGGGUUUACAUCGGCUGCUUCCAUCACCAUUAGCUUCAACCAGGUCAAGGUAGGAUCACCACUCUCCUGGAGCGAGCUGUGCUGCAGAGCCAGGAUGUUUAGUACUAGGCUGGGUGAUGAGUUCAGCGUAAGUGGAAGGAGCCUCAAAGCGAGCACAGAUCCACCUUGUCAGUGGUUCUAGUGGGUGUCGGAGAGCUCUGCUUGGAGCAGACGAAGGCAAAUGGACCCUCUGCUUGUCCCCAGCUGAUGGCAUUCAGGACACCCGUAACACGUUUGAUUUGGUCCCUUGCAGGAGGUGCUGGGUGAUUUGGGAUGGUGGGUUUGCAGCAGUGGGAGGUGUGAUGGGUUUGCACCUCUGCUGGUCCUUCACUGACCUCUCAGGGACCUGAAGCUUUUAGGCUUUUCUGGGGCUGCAAUGCUUCCUUCGUGGUUAACCAAAAUCAGAGACUUAGGGAGGUGGUGUCAGGCUGUGCCAGGAACCGGCGAGACGGUGUUGGCUAAUGGCUGCGGUCACGGUUGGAGCUGCUGCAAAGGCACCGGGCCCUUGCUGCUGUUCCCAGCAGGGGACAGCAGGGCUGUGACGAGGGCCCCAAACUCAAUCCCCUCCUGGGAGCUGCGUGUGUGCAGGAUGGGGGCCUGGGAGUGGGGAAAAAUAUCUCUGAGUCCUGCCCGCACGGAGCCCUAUAGGGAAAGGGAUGCCCUGGAGUGCUCUCCCACCAGCAGUGCUGACACCGUACGUGUGCCAGAGCCCUGGGCAGGGCUGAGCCUCAAUGUUUUUGGCAGCCCCUUCCACAGCACCAGACAGCUCAGGUUGUGGUGGGCUUUCACCAGGCUUUGUCUUCCUGCACAGAACAUCCUGGGGCUGCAGGGGAUCCCUCGGCAGUUUUUCCUGCAGGUCUAUGAGACGCUGCGGAGGAUCGGGGAGACCAGGGCUGGGGAUGCCAUCCUGGGGCUGACCUGCCUGGCUGCGCUGGCGGGGCUCCGGGCGAUGAAAAGCCACCUGCCCCGAGCUGCCAGUGCGGAUCCGCUGGCUGCCAGGAUCAGCUACCUGAUCGUCUGGACCUCUGCCACGGCACGCAACGCCCUCGUAGUCCUGUUUGCUGGCCUGGUGGCUUACUCCUUCCAGGUGAUGGGCUCCCAGCCACUCACGCUCACUGGCAGCAUCCCCCAGGGCCUCCCUGCCUUCCAGCUGCCGCGCUUCUCCAUGGAUACACCCAAUGGCACCAUUCCCUUCAGGAGCAUGGUGGAGGACAUGGGGAUCGGGCUGGCCGUGGUCCCACUUAUGGGUCUGCUGGAGACUAUUGCGAUUGCCAAGGCUUUUGCCUCGCAGAAUGAUUACAGGAUUGACCCCAACCAGGAGCUGCUGGCUAUGGGCUUCGCCAACAUCCUGGGCUCCUUCGUCUCAUCGUAUCCCAUCACAGGCAGCUUUGGCCGGACAGCGGUGAACGCGCAAUCGGGUGUCUGCACGCCUGCUGGAGGGCUUGUCACAGGUGCCCUGGUCCUGCUCUCGCUGGCGUAUCUCACCUCACUCUUUUACUACAUCCCCAAAGCAGCGCUGGCUGCCGUCAUCAUCUCAGCUGUGGUCCCCAUGUUUGAUGCUGGGAUCUUCAGGACGCUCUGGAGGGUUAAGAGGCUGGACCUUGUGCCCCUCUGUGUGACGUUCCUGGUCUGCUUCUGGGAGGUCCAGUAUGGCAUUGUGGCUGGGGUGCUGGUCUCAGGGAUUCUCCUCCUUUAUUCCAUUGCCAGGCCCCCAAUAAAGGUGUCGGAGGGGGCUGUGCUCCUUGUGCAGCCAGGGAGCAGCCUGCACUUCCCAGCCAUCGAGUGGCUCCGAGACACUGUGUGCAGCCAUGCCCUGGCAGGAGCAUCUCCACCACGGUCCAUCAUUCUGGACUGUCGCCACAUCAGCAGCAUUGAUUACACGGUGGUGGCGGGGCUGGCAGAGCUGCUGCAGGAGCUGCGCAAGCACGGCCUCUCGCUGGCCUUCUGCUGCCUGCAGGAUCCUGUUCUCCAAGUCCUGCUUUCUGCAGAUCUAGAAGGAUUCCAGCAUUUUCCCAGCUGGGAGGAGACAGAGCGGUGUGGAGCAGUGGAGCCCAGGGGCUCUGAGGCAGAUCCCUUUGCCAGCACCAGCGAGAGCUCACAGCUGCCUGCCAGGCUCAUCCAGUGAGUCGAGGAGCUGCCUGGGACCUGGGGCAGAAUCACCUCCACAGCUCCUCUCCUCCGAUUAUGCCAGGUCUGUGCAUGUGAUGCUGUGCAGAGUGGGAGCUGUGACACCUGGUGACACCUGACCAGCACCCUCCAUGGGAGCUGCCGGCCCCUGUCCUGCCUCCUGGGUGGCUGGUGGGAUGCCUGGCAGGGCUGGGGCCAUCCCCAUAUCCCACAGGACAGAUGCUCCGUGGAGGGAUUAGUGGGGCAAACCCAUUCCCUAUCACAGUUAUCAGGAAAAAGCCAUUCCUCCUCCAGGCCUUUUCCAUCCUCGAAGCUGCUUCCUUUUUUUUUAAAAUCAGCUGUUUUAAUUCUGGAGAUUUUUCUUAUUCUGGGACAUUCUGAACUCUGAUACAGAGUUCUCUUGCCAAAGCGAGUUUCAAAGGUGCCCAAGCCUGAGGGCACACUGCAGCUCUCCACCUCAGGCUGCUGGGAGAUAAAACCAGCAUUGAUUUUUACUCCUUACUGAUCCCUCUUGGUUUGUGGGGUGCCAAAUGCUGCCAUCGGACGGGGGGCAGCCCUUUGCCUGAGUCCUGCCAGGCACCCAAUGCGACAGGCCCCGUGACGGCAGCUCGUGCUGUGCAACGGGUGCAAAAAGCAACCGUGGUGUCAGGCAGCAGUGUGGAGGGGACGUGGUUCAGGAGGAUGUGGGUUUCCUGACCUGCUGUUGGCUGACACCUCUGUCAGGAGGGUGUAAUAAAGCAGUAAUUGCGAAUGAGUCAGUGUGCUCAUCUGCCUGCCUUUGGGGAAAGCUGUUUCCUGUUGUGUGGGGAGAAAGAAUUAAGUUCUAAUUUCUGGGCAUUGCUGAGCAAACCCAAGGAAAAGAAACAGAAACCAAUCUCAGGCUGUCUGGUAAUUCCAUGCCCAAAGGCACGCUCCAGCACAGCUCUCCUUGCCAAAGGUUGCGUAGGUGUGGCAGGGCUGGCAGAGGUGCUUGGGAGCCACGGGACAGUGAGGGUCAACAGGACCUGCUGCUGGAGGCUGGAGGAGCAUUUCUGCAGCAGAACAGUGCUUGGCAGCGAGUUCCUCGCUGCACAAGCAGCCGAUAAGCAUUUGCAGAACUGGAAGGGCUGGUGUGCCCUUUCUUCCCAUCCAUCUUGCAGACGCGGAGUGCCCAAUGCAGAGAUGGAGCAGAUCCUACCCAUUUCUCUUCAUGCCGUGUGGCCGCUGGCUGCAGCCCUGCGCUGUGUGAGCCUGCGCCGUGAAAGCUGCUCUGCACGCCGAGGAGGCUUGACCCUGGCUAGACACCAGGUGCCCACCAAAGCGGGUCCAUUCCUGCCCUCCUCAGCUGGGCAGAGGAGAGAAACUAUAACAAAAGGCUCAUGGGUUGAGAGAAGGACAAGAUCACUCACCAAUUAUGUCACCAAGGACAAGAUCUCUCACCGAUGUCAUAGGCAAAACAGACUUGACUUGGGGAAAAUUAA